CGGGUCGAUCGGAAGGAGCAGCAACAACAACAGAUCCACCAUGCCGUCCUCCUCCUCCAAUCGGCGCCACCGCCGCCGGAACUACACCAGCGUCGCCAGCGACGACACGAUGGACGGAUCCUCCUCGGACGACGGUGCCUUUCACGACGAGCCGCUGGGAACCACCGGCGGAACCGAACCCCAUUCUUUCGAAGGCAGCGGCAGCGGCAGCGGCAACAUUGAAGGCCAAGGCGGGGAAACCGAUCCCUCCCCGGACAUGGAGAUCACCAUCCUCGACUCGGCCCAGAAGCGAUUCCCGAUCCCCUGCUCGGCCAGAUGGACGGUCGGAACCUUCAAGCGGAGGUCGGCCGGGAUCCACAAGGUCGCCCCGGCCCAGCAGAGACUCAUCUUUCGCGGAAAGAUGCUCACCAACGACGACGAGACGCUCGGGGAGAACAAGCUCGACAGGGACGGACUCAUCGUCCACCUCUUUCCCAAGCCGAGGGUGGUCGUGACGUCCAAGCCGAAGCGGUCGGCCCCGGGUGGGAAGGAAAGCGGCAACCACGGUGGCAACAACAACGGCAACAACAACGGCAACAACAACAACAACAGCAACAACGACGACGACGACGACGACUCGGGAAUCGUCGACCACACCGGCGAGGCCUCGGGAGGCGCCCACGUCACGACCAUCGUGAUCGACCAGGAGGAGCAGGACCGCCGCGGGAGGAUCCUCGUGCUGGGGAGCGUCGAGAUUGCCGAGUCCCAGAACAACGUCAAGAUGCUCAGCCUGCUGCUGGUCAUGAUCUGCGCCAUGCGCCUCCUGGCCCUCUUUAGCAUCGCCACGGGGGCCGCGGAGGAACCCAUCGAUCCCUACAACACCCACCAAAACGCAAACGCAAACGCCCUCCACAACCACACGGGGGACCACCCCCGCAACGGGAUCUACCCCAGCGACUUUUCCGACGACGGGACCACCAACGCCGGSGCGUACUUCAACGACUACGACUACGACGAGGGCUUCGAGCCAAGGGUCUGGGAGACCCCGGACUACUUCGACCUGCUGGUCUCGGCCCUCGGCUUUUACGUCGGCUGCCUCGGCCUCAAGGCGACGGUGGAGAACACCUCCCUCCUGGCCACCGGCUACGCCCUCGGGACGAUCCUGGUCGGGAUCGGCUGGAACCUCUGGAACGUCUGGGAGUUUCUCCGCUUUUACGAGGAACAGAGCGAGUACGAGCGCGAGCGCGAGGAGGGSGCUCUGCACCACCACCACAACGCCACGGAACCCGGCGGCAGCGCAAACGCCAGCGCCACCGGGACGCCCCCCGACUUUUCCCACGGCGGAUACAACGACGACGACGACGAAAAGGCCUACCCCCCGCCGCUGACCCGGGACGACUUUGUCACGGUCGCCUUUUUCACCAUUCUCAUGCCCCUGGUGGUCUGGUUUCUCUGCUGCGUCCGGGCCUUUGAGUUCCGGAGGCUCCUCCUGGAGGCCGAGGACGAGGCGGCCGAGCGGAUCCGCAACGAGUACGUYKUCCGGGAGGACGGGACGAGCACUUCCAGCGAAGACUUAGACGACCAAGACCAAGACGGAGACGGACACGAAACCUACGAGUUUGGCGGGGAGCACCGGGACCGGGUGGCUCGUGCCAUUGUCUAGGGCGGGAUGCCGAUCGACUCGAAACCGAUCGAAACCCCCCCAAAAAAGGAAGGAAGAACGAAAGACGAAACAAACACACACGCACGGA